UCAGAGCGCUGGACAGCUCCAGAGAGGGAAAUUUAAAAACGGUUUUGAAAGAAUCAAGAGCAGCUCAGAGGAUUACAGUACAGGGGCUCGGUGGUCAGCUUUCACAUUCUCCAUUACCAACCAACAACUGAAAAAGGUAAGCACAAAUCCCAGGAAAUGAUAGAAGGUGGCGUAACUUCCAGGAUGUCAGGAAUAAUUGAGAAUGCUGGGCAUCAUCCAUCACCCCAGGACUACAGGCUUCUGACCACAGACCCCUCCCAGCUGAGACUGGAGGACCUCCCAGGGGACCUGCAGUCCCUGUCAUGGCUCACCUCUGUGGACGUGCCCCGGCUGCAGCAGAUGGCUGACAGCCGAGGCCACAGCAACGGGCCCUCUCAGGGCAGCUUGUUGGAGCAACAGACAGCUCAGCUGAGUAGCAUGACGAUACCAGCUAGUCAAGGCUCCAUGCUGCACCUCCAAAGUAACAUGCAGCACAGCCCCCUGGGAAUAAGUAUCAUCAACACCCACAGUGGAAGUAUGUCUCCAUUCUCCAUGAAUGGGCUUCCUUCCCCGGGAUACCAGUGUCCUACCUCAGUCUACCAACCCUCAUCCCAGCAGGUGUACUCUCUCACUCAGAACGGACAACAGUGUGCAGGCGGUGGACUUUAUAGCAAUGUCUCUUUCAACAACCAAAGUCUUUUUACACAACCUCGUCUGGCUCCACAGGAUCAGGAGCCGCAGUCCAAAACUUUCCCCAAACCCAUCUACUCCUACAGCUGUUUGAUUGCCAUGGCUCUGAAAAACAGCAAAACUGGCAGCCUGCCAGUCAGUGAGAUUUAUAGCUUUAUGAAGGAACAUUUUCCUUAUUUUAAGACUGCACCUGAUGGCUGGAAGAAUUCAGUCAGACACAACCUCUCCUUAAACAAAUGCUUUGAGAAAGUGGAGAACAAGACGAGCAGCUCAUCUCGUAAGGGCUGUCUGUGGGCACUGAACCCAGCCAAAAUUGAUAAGAUGGAGGAGGAGAUGCAGAAAUGGAAACGCAAGGACCUACCAGCCAUUCGGCGCAGCAUGGCUAACCCUGAUGAGUUGGACAAACUGAUCACAGACCGUCCUGAGAAUUGCAGACGGAAGCCUCUAGAACCAGGUAUAACCCGCCUGGCUGGCCUCCCGACCGGGCUCCCAUUGGCUGUCCCAGCCCAGAUGCAGGCUCAACCCAUAGUCACGCUGUCCCUGCCUUGUUUACCCAUGAACCACCACCAUCACCAGCUCCAAGCUCAGCUCCAGGCCCAGGCUCGACUGGCCCCCAUGUCCCCUGCCCCAGCCCAGACGCCUCCCCUCCACACAGUCCCUGACCUCUCCCACAGUCCACUCAUGCAGCAGCCCAGCAAGCCUACGGAAGACUUUUACAGCGUGCACGGAGACUCAAGCACAGAGGUGGAUGCACUGGACCCUAGCAUCAUGGACUUUGCUCUUCAAGGUAAUCUGUGGGAAGAAAUGAAGGACGACAGCUUUAACCUGGAUGCUCUGGGUACAUUCAGUAACUCACCCCUCCGACUAUCAGACUGUGACCUGGGAACAGCCAGCCUCCCUCCGGCCUCUAGCGGAGCCAACGUGUCGCUGUCAGACGUGCAGGUGACGGGGCUCUACACCUCGUACACCUCACAGGAUCCUCUGUCCUCACAGUACAUGGGGACUCCGGUCAGCAGCAAGCCCAUCGCCCUUCUCUGAAGGAGCUAAACUGCUUCUCAACAGACCUGAUAUAAUUUGCUCAGAUGCCCUCAGAGGAUAUCGGAGGUUUGGUUUCUUUUGUGCAACGUGAAGGUUUUGGGACCUGGAUGAGCCUGGGAGAAGAAUGUUGGAAAAUCCCUGCUCAUUAGGAACUACACGGCUAGAAGAAAAAACAAGAUCUAAAAUAUUUAGUUUUGCCAAGCAAGGACUGAAAGCAUGUAUACAUACAGAGACUAAUGACGUGUACGUUAGCAACAGCCUGUUUUUCUGCUGCCCUCUCCGCAUUUUAAAGCUCUUCCAGUUUGUAGCUCUUCCUGUUUGUUGUGUUGUGCUAGACGCAUUUGCUGUGAUAUUUUAUUUAUAUUUAUAAAAGGCAGCUGGAGAAAACGAAGACUCCAACAAUCGUUUGCUGUACAUAUUUGAGUGUUUGAACUUAUUGCUUCUGAAAAGCUUUCUUUGGACUGUUUCCCCUUCAUCCAUGGGGCUAAGAGGUCUCCAGUGCUCUAUAUCAUAAUAAAAACGGACAAAUAAAAAGUGCCUCUUCAUAUUUAAACAAUUACAUUAUUUAUUAACAAAGCUCCCCCUGGUAACAUACAGGAAACAGGAGGAGUUCAUUCAUGAGAAAUGUCACGGCUGAUGUUUGAUCUGAGGCAAAUCCAUAGAGCAUUUAAGAAGCACUAGGACAACCAGUCUGAAUCAACCUGAGUUUUAGGAUGUGCUGCUUUACACUGAGAGAUCAGGGAGAAAAACAUAAAAUAAAUGUUCUGUUACCACAUCAAA